UUGUGUAGGUGACCUUGAACUCACAGAGAUCCACCUAAAACCUCUGGGUUGCUUAGAUUAAAGGCGUGCAGCACCACACCCAGCUUACACUUAGUCUCUUUUAAAAGUUAAUUACUGGAGACAAUGGGACUUAUUACUUAUUACUAAUAAGCCACAGUUCUUUGUUUAAUUUGUCAAAUUUUCAACAUGAUCAUUCUGUGUGAUUGUUGUCCAGAAACUUUUUCUAAAUGCUGGAUGCUUUGAAGACAAACAUGAUGCAAAUGUAAUGAAUUAGUGUAUCUCCUGUCCAACUGAUAUUAUUCUUUCCUGUCUAGGCUAUUUAGAUGGAAAAAUAUCUGAAAAUGCAUGGUUUUGUUUUAUACUAGUACUAAAUGUGGAAGAUUACAAUUUCCCAGAAACUUAAAAGGCUUUUAUGGUCUUCAUAUGAACUUACAGUACAUGAUACAUGUAAACAUUGUUAAACUAUUGGAUUAUCUCCAACCUUGUAAAAAGCUAGACUCCCUUCUGUGAUGUCUGUCUAGCCCACCCAUGUUUUCUGAAAACUUCUCUCUUCAACAUAAAUGUAAUAUUGUAGCCAUGCUUGUUUUAUGUGACCCAGGUCUCUCUAGGACUUCAGAACAUUUGGUGAGCAUUGCUAAUUCAAGCUGAGGCAAUAUGAUCCUCAAAUUUUCUUUUAAAAUGACUUAGAAACCCAAUAUAUUAUAGUCUCUCUGUUAGAAACUUUACAAGAAAAUGCCAUCUUUUGUUAGAUAAGGUAUCAAAUGUGAACCCACUGAGAGAUGAAAAGGAAAGAGAUUCUGGAUAAGUAAUCUGUGGAUUUUCCUGUCAGUCAUUACCAAAUCUGCUUUCAUUAUUGAGUUAGGGAACAGAGGGAUUGAGAACCAGUAGGUGCUCUUUUAAUAAAUUCUUCUAAGAUAGCUCAGUAAAGGCUUUUUUUCUUAAGUGAUAUGUUUAUAUAUUCUUGUCUGGCUGACAUAUUAAAUUUUACUAUUAAUGUGGUAUUUACAUUGUACAUUUCAGGUUAAUACAACACCUGAAAUCAAAAGAUUUGUCAACUAUUACAGAGGUGUGGAAAUAACAUGCAAAGCUUUUGUUUAAAUGUCUAAUUUUGAAAACCAGGAGUGCUAGUAUACGCCUCCAGGUGGCACAGGCAGGAUAUCAAGUUCAGGGAAAGUUUCCAAAAGACACUCUUUGGUUAGGAGUGGCGACAGCACUUUUCCGUUUACUGAAAAGAUUAGAUCAUUCUGUGUUAUUUCAAAUUGUUAUCAAACAAGUUUAGAAAACUGCCACCUGGGAACAUGCUGCCUGUUUAUCAAGCUUAAGAAUGUGUUGGGAUCCCAACAAAAGAAGAUAUAUCUACAAUAGGAAAAAAGUCCAUCAUAAUUUUGUAUUUUACCCAGUGGUCCAUUCAACAAAUAUUUAUUGGUCAUCUCCUCUAUGCCAAGAACUAUUUUAGAUGUUGCAGGUGCACACUGGCAAACUGAACAAUGAUGUUGUACUUAUGGGUUCCACAAAAGAAAUAAUAUGUACAUCAGUGCUAUGUUUGGUGAUAAAUGUUAGGGAGGAAAAAUAGGGUAAUAAAUGAAGUGCUUUCACAUGUAUUUUCCCAAUUGAAAAGUUCCAUAAAAUUAUAAUUCUAUGACGUUUAUGUGGAAAGGAUAUCAUAAACUGAUGUAGCUUAGCCAAUGGGAACCACAGUUCUGGUACAUGAGAGACAUAAAAUUAGAAAGAAAAUCCAGAGAUAUUAAUCCUACUUUGUGAUGAGACAAUUUUAAGGAAUUGCAUGACUAUAUGCUCCUAAUUUUACAUGACCUCUUAUUACUACGACGUCGCCUUCAUUUCUGUUUCCCCCUGAGAAACCCACACAGACUUCACAGCAUUUCUAGAAGGUAGGAAACAUGUCUAAGGGUUGCUUACUCAAGAUUUUUCAGAAUCUGGCACAUUAAUAACAUUAAUUCUUUUUGAAUGAACUACUUAAUAAUUAAAAUUGCAAGAUUACAUUAAAAUUAAUCACUACAUCAAUUUCCAAACUUCUGACAACCAAAUAUAUAAAGAAUGGAACUAUUGUAGCAGUUCAUUGAGAAGCAAAAUCAACACAUGGUGGCGCUGCAGGCUAAGGCUUAAAAAAGAAAGAAAGAAAUUUAAAACCAGCAAAUGCUAGAUUUCCCAAUCUACGUCAGAUCUCCAGUUGAAAAGACCUAAAGCAGAUCUCACACCAGUCUCCAGAAAAUGCUGUUUACCGACACUUUGGAGCAAGGUUAUUAACUGACUAAGCAACCACGGAGUCAGCCCCACUGCCCCCCUGAAGUACUGCAGUCCCCAGCUCCAGUAAAGGCAAGUGCAAAACAAAGAUGGAGGCUGGAAGGGCGCGCAAACAAAGGCAAGUCCUGCAGGUCUUUUUCUUCCUGGGGAUGGCUCAGGCAGGCUGGGAACCCCGUCGUUAUUUCGUGCUGGAGGAAACCGGGAGCGGCGCUUUUGUGGCAGACCUAGCCAACGACCUAGGGCUGGGAGUUGGAGAGCUAGCUGCGCGGGGAGCCCAGGUGGACUCCGAGGAUAACGAACCACGCUUGCAGCUUGAUCUACACACCGGGAAGUUAAUAUUAAAUAAGAAACUGGACAGGGAGGAGCUGUGCGGUCACACAGAGCCCUGUGUAAUGCAUUUCCAAGUGCUACUGAAAAAUCCACUGGAACUAUUUCGAGCUGAGUUGCUGGUGGGAGAUAUAAACGAUCAUUCUCCUGAGUUUCCUGAAAGAGAAAUGACCCUGAGAAUCCCAGAGACCAGCCCUCCGGGUACUGCGUUUCCUCUUAAAAACGCUCAGGACUUGGAUGUGGGCAACAACAGCAUUCAGAACUAUAAUAUUGGUCCCAAUUCUCAUUUCCGCGUUUCUGUCCACAAUCGGGGCAAUGGCAGGAAAAACCCAGAGCUGGUGCUGGACCAAGAGCUUGAUCGCGAGGAGCAGGGGGAGUUCAGAUUAACUCUGACAGCACUGGAUGGCGGAUCUCCGCCCAGAACCGGCACCACUCAGAUCCGGGUCCUUGUCUUGGAUGUCAAUGACAACGCCCCUGAGUUUGCGCAGGCGCUCUAUCACGUGCAAAUCCCAGAAAACAGCCCUUUAAGCUCCCUAGUUGUUAAGGUCUCUGCUAAGGAUUUAGAUUCCGGGACAAACGGAGAGCUAUCAUACUCUCUUCUUUAUACUUCUCAAGAGACAAGCAAAACCUUUGAGCUAAACACUCUUUCAGGUGAAGUUCGACUAAUUAAGGUACUGGACUUUGAGACAGUAUCAUCAUACGAACUAGACAUUGAAGCAUCUGAUGGCGGGGGACUUUCUGGAAAAUGUUCUGUUUCUAUUCAGGUGGUGGAUAUCAACGACAAUUACCCAGAACUAACUAUUUCAUCACUUACCAGCCCCAUCCCAGAAAAUUCUCCUGAGAUGGAAGUGGCUGUGUUUCGGAUUCGGGACCGAGACUCUGGGGAAAAUGGAAGGAUGGUUUGCUCCAUCCAGGAUAGUGUUCCGUUUAUACUGAAACCUUCCCUUGGGAACUUCUACAAGCUGAUGACAGAAGGAGCACUGGACAGAGAGACCACAGCUUUGUACAACAUCACCAUCACAGUCACCGACCUGGGCACACCCAGGCUGAAAACCCAACACAACAUCACCGUGCAGGUCUCCGACGUCAACGACAACGCCCCCGCCUUCAGCCAAGCCUCCUACACCAUGUACGUCCCCGAGAACAACAGCCCCGCCCUGCACAUAGGCACAGUCAGAGCCACAGACUCAGACUCAGGCGCCAACGCCCAGCUCACCUACUCGCUGCUGCCGCCCCACGACCCGCACCUGGCCCUCGCCUCGCUGGUGUCCAUCAACGCCGACAACGGGCAGCUGUUCGCCCUCAGGGCGCUGGACUACGAGGCCCUGCAGGCCUUCGAGUUCCGCGUGGGCGCCGCAGACCGAGGCUCGCCCGCGCUCAGCAGCCAGGCGCUGGUGCGCGUGCUGGUGCUGGACGCCAACGACAACGCGCCCUUCGUGCUCUACCCGCUGCAGAACGCCUCUGCGCCCUGCACCGAGCUGCUGCCCAGGGCGGCCGAGCCGGGCUACCUGCUCACCAAGGUGGUGGCGGUCGACCGCGACUCGGGCCAGAACGCCUGGCUGUCGUUCCAGCUGCUCAAGGCCACCGAGCCAGGCCUGUUCGGAGUCUGGCCGCACAAUGGCGAGGUGCGCACCGCCAGGCUGCUGAGCGAGCGCGACGCGCCCAGGCACAGGCUGCUGCUGCUGGUCAAGGACAAUGGCGAGCCGCCGCAGUCGGCCAGCGUCACGCUGCACGUGCUGCUGGUGGAUGGCUUCUCGCAGCCCUACCUGCCGCCGCCCGAAGUGGCGCGCCAGCCCGCGCAGCCCGACGCGCUCACGCUCUACCUGGUCAUCGCCUUGGCCUCGGUGUCUUCGCUCUUCCUCUUCUCGCUGCUGCUCUUCGUGGCCCUCAGGCUGUGCAGGAGGACCAGGCCGGCCUCUCUGCCUGGCGGCUCUGUGCCUGAGGGCCGCUUUCCUGGACAUCUGCUGGACGUCAGUGGGGCGGGGACCCUGUCCCACAGCUACCAGUAUGAGGUGUGUCUGGCGGGAGACAGUGGGACAGAUGAGUUCAAAUUCCUGAAGCCUAUCUACCCCAAUAUUCUGGAUCAAAACUCUGUGGAUCCACCCUCAAAUGAUUCUGCUGCAAUCUAACUCCAUCUAUCUGGGUCCUGCUGAUCAUCCUGAAAGUCAGCAAGAGCAGAGACCCUAAACUCUUCUAUGGCACAUUUGAAACAUAAAUGGUC